CCUCGGUCAUCACUCGACAGCAUCCAAUUUGAAGGUUGGAUUAGAAAAAAUCAAAGAAAUCCAAAGCAAAAAGCUUUUGUUUCGGGUGCCAGUGCCACCCAACCAAACUUCCUUCGCAAGCUCGCGCCGUAAAUCUUUAACUACCUUUCUCUUCGCUCUGAUCGCAUUUCACAGGUUCCCUACCUACUGGCUACCCAUCUAUUUCUGCCUGUCUCUCUCUCUCUUUAAGAUUUUAAAGACUUACAUUUCCAGUCGCUACUCGAUUACUCGUCACGUCAUUUUGAUUUCCUUCUUUGGUUCCAAUCUCUGAGUCCCGAGCUAAAAAUGGCGUCUGAUCCUGAGCAGCACACGCUGUCGUCUCUCGGAAAGGUAGGAAAGUCUUCAGGUGAGAUUGGCGGGGUAGAGGAGCCUCUCAUAAAUGGGUUUCACGGUUCUGAAAACUACUCUGUUCUCGCUGCAAUCUUCCCAUUUCUCUUCCCUGCUCUUGGAGGACUACUAUAUGGAUAUGACAUUGGAUCCACAUCUUGUGCUACAAUCUCUAUAGAGUCAGCCACAUUAAGUGGAAUAUCAUGGUACAACUUAUCUUCUGUGGAGAUUGGUCUUAUUACUAGUGGCUCAUUAUAUGGUGCAUUGAUUGGUUCUGUCUUGGCCUUUAAUGUUGCUGACUUCCUAGGAAGAAGAAGGGAGUUGAUUGCAGCUUCUUUAUUGUAUUUGGUUGGAGCUCUCAUAACUGCAUUAGCACCUGACUUGCCUAUUAUGGUCAUUGGGCGCUUUGUGUUUGGCAUAGGAAUUGGACUGGCAAUGCAUGCAGCUCCUAUGUACAUUGCUGAGACGGCUCCAAGUCCGAUACGUGGUCGACUAAUCUCUUUGAAGGAAUUCUUCAUAGUUCUUGGGAUGGUUGGAGGUUAUGGAAUUGGUAGCCUUUUAGUUGACGUAGUUGCUGGUUGGCGCUACAUGUAUGCAGCUAGUACUCCUUUGUCGGUGAUUAUGGGAAUCGGAAUGUGUUGGCUGCCAGCAUCACCUAGAUGGCUGCUUUUACGUGCCAUUCAGGGAAAAGGCAACAUGCAGGAAUUAAAAGAGACUGCAAUAUAUUGCUUGUGCCGGCUCAGGGGUCCAGCCUUUGGUGACUCAGCUCCUGAACAAGUAGAUGAGAUACUGGAUGAGCUUUCAUAUGUUGGCGAAGAAAAAGAAGCUACUCUAGGGGAAAUGUUCAAAGGAAAAUGCAAGAAGGCCCUCAUAAUUGGCGCAGGAUUAGUCUUGUUUCAGCAGAUCACUGGGCAACCGAGUGUGCUAUACUAUGCUGCAUCUAUCCUUCAGAGUGCAGGAUUUUCUGCAGCAUCCGAUGCAACGCGGGUCUCAAUUUUACUUGGUUUAUUGAAGUUGAUCAUGACUGGAGUAGCAGUUCUUGUAGUUGAUAGACUUGGGAGAAGACCUUUAUUACUUGGAGGUGUUGCUGGGAUGGUUAUCUCUCUAUUCCUUCUGGGGUCAUAUUACCUUUUCCUGGAUGAUGCACCCGUUAUGGCUGUUGUAGCUCUGCUGUUGUAUGUUGGGUGUUACCAGUUAUCUUUUGGCCCUAUUGGUUGGCUAAUGAUUUCAGAGAUUUUCCCUUUACGCCUUAGAGGGCGAGGACUCAGUAUUGCAGUGCUUGUAAAUUUUGGAGCAAAUGCACUGGUGACAUUUGCGUUUUCCCCUUUGAAGGCAUUGCUGGGAGCUGGAAUUUUGUUUUAUGCAUUUGGGGCAAUUGCUGUGGCAUCUCUGUUUUUCAUAUUUUUCGUGGUACCAGAGACAAAGGGGCUUACGCUUGAGGAAAUCGAAGCCAAAUGCCUAUAGGAUUUUUAGACUCCAUUUCCUCGUACUGAGGUUUUAGUUUAGACAUGAGGUCGAGUCGUUGAGAUAUCCCUAUGCAAUUUCAUACCUGCAGGGAGAAACCAUAUGUUGUAUGCAAUCGAGACGUGGCCGUAACCAAACAAUAGUUCUAGAGUUAAACUGAUGUUUCUGUUCUGUUCCUACUAGGGUGUAGGAGCACCACAUAAUCUUCUUGUCUAUUGUAUUUCGUCAAUAAAAAUAUGUUACCAAUACACAUAUUUAUUUUUUCUUUUUAAAUUAAUAUGUUCUUUUAUUA